GUUACUCCCUUCUUUUUCCUUUCAUCUCAUCUGCCUUUCGACUUUCAAACCUACAUUCCCUCUCGAGACUCUGUUCUCCCCCUGUCUUUGUCUCUUUGUUUGUCUUGCUUGGUCCGGAUGCAUCUGUGCGGUGGAUGGAGUGAAUGUCUGUCUGCUUGGUUUUUCUGUUUUUCUGGUGGGUUUUUAUUGUCAAUGUCGUAUGGACUAUUUUCAUGAAUGCUGCAAUUGAGAUUUUAAGGCUGAGGAAGAUUGUCAAGGAUGGUUCGUGGUCCUGUGAAGCUGUUCUGAGACAUGGGAAUUUAGUUUGAAAACUUCUCUUCUUGCAACAUGGGAUUAGGUCCUGAGGCUAUCCAGGUGGGGGCUUGGAAUGUGGGAAAAUCAAACGGAAAGAAGAAGAAGGAUUGUGAAGCUGAGGGGCCAGGGUGCUGGAUUAAGUUAUGGUUUAUGGGAAGCUGUCUAUCUCCAAGGUCCAAAGGGGAUGGUUCCAUAAGUGUCAGUAGCUCUCUAUAUGCGGAAAGUAAAUCCACAAAUGAUACUAGCAGGGACCAACCGGUUCUUCCAGUUGUGUCAACUUCAACCACUAGCACAGCUGAAAGCACCCCAUCCACUCCCAAUGUAGGUGAGGAACUGAAAGUUGCUUCUCAGCUUCGGAAAUUCUCCUAUAAUGAGCUCAAGUCAGCAACAAGGAAUUUUAGACCUGAGAGUCUUCUUGGGGAGGGGGGGUUUGGUUGCGUCUUCAAAGGUUGGAUCAAUGAGAAUGGAACUGCUCCUGUGAAACCUGGUACAGGAUUGUCUGUUGCUGUCAAAACCCUCAACCAUGAUGGACUUCAGGGUCAUAAAGAAUGGCUUGCUGAAGUUAAUUACCUUAGUGAUCUUUUGCAUCCUAAUUUGGUCAAGUUGAUUGGGUAUUGCAUUGAGGAUGAUCAAAGGCUCCUUGUCUAUGAGUUUAUGCCUCGAGGAAGCUUGGAGAAUCACCUAUUUCGAAGUGAAGGGAAUAAUGGGAGUAGUGGUAAUAAUGGCAGCCGUGAAAUUAGUCCAUUGACGAUGACGACAACAACCGUGUCGAAUAGUAGCAGCAGGAGUAAUCCUUCAGAAAGGAAGAUGGUGAGGAAGAGGAUGGCACCGGAAGUUGCGGACUACCACCAGUUUCCUUGCCGGAGUUUGCCUUUGAAGAAUGUAGUCGGGUGUUCUUUCUUGGCGACGACUACGGCGGGUAAUGGUGUGGGUAAUGGCGACAACCGGUAGCUGGGCGAACAGAGCACAAGGGCUCAGAAAACUCUGCAGAGUAAAUUCACCAUGAAAUUGAAAUUCAUGGGAUUAGGUAUGAAUUUGAAAUACAUGAUUUUUAUAUCU